UUCUUCCUUUCUCAUCUCCCUCUUCUCUCUCUCUCUCUCUCGCUCUAUAUAUAUAUAUAUAUAUUUGUAUGACUUGAAUUCUCAUCAUCUCCCACUAUGUUAGUCCAUAUAGCAAUAUAUAGGUCAUAAAAGAAAGAAAGAAGUAAAGUGGAGGUGGAUGGCAGAGGUGAGCACAGGCGUAGACAUGAUUGCAACAGGGACGGUGGUUCAUCGGAGUUACAAUUCGAUGACGAAAAUGUGCGAUGAUGGCAGACCCACUUCAAUUAGCAAAAGCUUAGAACGAAUCAGAUCAAAAAGUUUCAACGAAGGUGUAGUGAUGAGUUCUACAAAUUAUUAUUCAUGUGAAGAUCCAGUUCCAGGCACCAUAGCUGCCAUCAGAAGACAACAAAUGGCUCUCCAACAAGCCCAGAGAAAAAUGAAGAUUGCUCAUUAUGGAAGAUCCAAAUCCGCUAAGUUUGAAUCUACUACUACCACCACCAUCACCAACACUACUACUCAUCAUCAACCUCAACACAAGAGAUGUACUUUUAUCACCAAUAAUUCAGAUCCCAUCUACGUGACUUACCAUGAUGAAGAAUGGGGAGUCCCGGUUCAUGAUGACAAAAUGUUAUUUGAACUGCUAGUUCUGAGUGGUGCUCAGGUCGGCUCAGAUUGGACCUCAAUCUUGAAAAAACGACAAAAUUUCAGAAAUGCAUUUUCAAGAUUCGACCCAGAAAUGGUUGCCAAGUUAAAUGAUAAAGAAAUGAGUGCAAUUAGUCGUGAGUGCGGUAUUGAUAUGAGCCAAGUCCGUGGUGUUGUUGACAACGCAUGUAAAAUUCUGGAGAUCAAAAAGGAAUUUGGAUCUCUUGAGAAAUACAUAUGGGGAUUUGUAAACGGGAAACCAAUUUCAAAAAAUUACAAAUUAGGAAACAAGAUUCCAGUCAAAACAUCCAAGUCUGAAACCAUAAGCAAAGACAUGCUAAGACGAGGUUUCCGCUUAGUGGGUCCCACCGUCGUCCAUUCCUUCAUGCAAGUCGCCGGUCUCACCAAUGACCACCUCAUCACUUGCCACCGCCACCUUCCCUGCACCCUCAUGGCUUCUUCAUCCGCACCACUCACUCAAUCCCAAUCCAACACAUAACAUAACCCAUCUUUUUCUUUUUCUUUUCUUUUUGUUCUUUUAACUUUUAAACUGGGUUUUAUACAACAACAGAGUUAAUCAAGUUUAGCUUUUAAACUGGAUUUUAUAUGUGAUUUGAAAUAUAAUAGAUAAAAAAGAAGAAAAAGGAAAUGGAUAAAAUGAAGGGUGGAGUGGUUUUCUGGAGAAGACAGAGGACGUGCAGAUGGGUAGCAAUGGCAUGUGUGGUGUGUCAGCUUACUUUUUAUUCCACGUGACCCAUCAAGUUCAACACUCAUAUUGUGGGUUAUCCGGGCUGUCGGAUCACCUAUCUUUACCCUUUUUAUUUCAAUAUUCAUCUUCUGUCAUCUCCUUCUAAUCUAUAUUUGCUAUUUCCACCUCCCAUAGAGGGGAGUUUGCGAGUGUUAACAGCAUUUAGAGGAGUGCCAAUAGCAAUCUCCAAUUUGUAUCUCUUAUAUAUUUUAAUUUCUUGAUACUUGCAUAGCUUUUAAUCAAAGCUAAUAUUAUGUCUUUUUUUCCCUCCAAAAAAUAAUGGAAGCUGA